AUUAAUAACAAAAAUGUGGUUCAUUCUGUAAAUGCUAUAAUUUCAGAUCACUUUUUCAUUAGAAACUAUAAUAGAAAUCUCGGAAAAUGCAAAAUUUUGGUCAGAUGUUUAAUUGAGUUCUCCAAAUAAUACUUACCUACUUAACAUUGCAAAUAAGGCCAACUUCCCUUAUUAUGCCAUUAAUGUUGAACUUCACAAGUAAGAUGACACCUUUUCCUUACAUUAUGGAAUUGGUAAACCUCCAAAAUUUAGUUUAAGUUUGUCUGAAAUUUCAGAAGUUUAAGGGUUUGAUAUAUAUGGGUAUUGCAACUAUGCCAAUAAUUAUUAGGUAUCUUGAAAAUAGAUUUACUCAUUUCAUUCUGUUGUCAAGUGAAGAUUUUCAAUCUCGAUAAGUUUAUAUAUCUACUUCAUCUGAAUGGACUUAGAAUUACAACAUUUCAGUUACUGCCACCAACAAUAAAUUGUGUCCAAACAACUGCAACAAUCAAGGCAGUUGCUAAGUACUCAAUAAAUUUACUUUUUAGGAUGGAAAAUGUUUAUGCAAUAAAUAUUACAUAGGGAAUGAUUGCCAUUAAAAGGCAAUUUAUAUUCAAUAAAACAAAGAAAUAAUCCUUAGUUUAGAAAAUACUGUUAAGUAUGCUUAUGUAGAUUUAGAAGAAAGUGAAAAUGAGUCUAUGAGUUUAAUAGUUAAAGUAUUUAAAAUAAUAAUAUGUAACAGACUAACAGUUCUGAAGGAGUUGAUUUGUAUAUAAUGAAGACGAGAGUACUUUACAUACCUGCCCUAGAAGAUUUGAAUAGAAAAUAUUAUGAUCUUUUAGUAGAAGGCAAUGAAAUUACAUCUUCAUCGCCUAUUGAAUUUGAGUUAAAAGACAGAAAUGAUAAUAGCACACUCAUUCAAAGCAGAAUAAGGUUUAUUUUCAAAUAGAAAUCUCUAGUCGAAUAAGAUGUUCAUAUUUCUAUGGAUCUCAUCAAUUAAAAUACUUAAAAUACAAUUUCAACUACUACAGUAAUAAUUAUAGUUGCCUCGAUUGCUGGUAUAAUAAUGAUUCUAAGUAUUUUGUUCGCAAUUGGCAAAUACUUUAGAAAUAAGAAAAUCAAAGAAGCUAUAUCUGCUUUAGCUAUGGUUAGAUAGAUGCAACAUGAAAAGAAAUACAUAGCAAAAAGCUUUGAUGAUGAAAUCUUACAGCAGCUGCCUUAGAUUGAAAGUGAUCAAAUCAAAAACACAGAUAUCUGUCCAAUUUGUCUUGAUCUUUACACUAGUAAACCAGAUCUCAGAUCAACAAAAUGCAAGUAAUUUACAAAUAUAAAUUAGACAUUUAUUUCAUAAAGAAUGUCUUCUCGCAUGGAUAUAUAUUAAUAAGAAUUGUCCAACCUGUAGGGCUGACCUAAAAAUACAUAUGAACCUUCAGAGAAACCAAUAGCAGUAAUGAU